UAGUUUGCUUAGCAGUUCUAAGAGCAGGCUUGCUAUAGGCUUCGUUUUGGAGGGCGCCUAAGCAACAUUUUGGCCUUAAUGUCUGGGAAGGCAUUAUUAUUUUUAUUGUUAUGGUAAAAUCCAGAGCUGGGGUCAGUGCUGCUAAUACCGUAAAACGUACUAAUUAACCAGAAAGCGGGAGAGAAAGGUGUCUGAGCGGCUCGGAGUCUCCAGAUUCCUGGAUGGAUAUGUCCUUUAGGAGCAGUACCAGGCGGCUGAGGAGCAAUAGUCGUCAGUCGGUGAUAUCUGGCAGUGCCUCGUCUCAGGAAACUCAAAUCUGGGGUGAAAAAAGUAGUGAGGAAGGAGCAGCGGUGGUGAGGAACCUGGAUACUGACUUGUACGAGGCUGCUGUUUCAGCAACAAAGAGUCUCAAAGAUGCCCCACCACUGUAUCCAGACACGGAGCAGAACGGGACGGUUAUGUCACAAGUCGUCACUUCUAAGAGGAAUAAAAGAUGGCCGGCCAGGGUGUUCUCAAUGCUGUGCUGCCUUGCAAUUGUAUGCAUGCUCGCCAUUCUGCUUGCAAUCGUAUACCUCGUGAUGCAAGAAAUGCAGUCGAUGAGGGAGAUCUCUGAGGAUGGUGUCAAAGUUAGUCUUUUAGGGUUCUGGAGCUUACUCGCCUUAUCCGUCAUUGCCGGACUUUCAUGCUGCAGCUUCUCCUGGACCGUAACUUACUUUGACUCGUUUGAACCUGGAAUGUUCCCCCCAACGCCGCUGUCUCCUGCCCGUUUCAGGAAAAUGACCGGCCAUUCCUUUCACAUGGGCUACACCAUGGCAAUCCUAAACGGUAUCGUAGCAGCACUGACCGUCCUAUAUAGCUUGCUGUGAAUCCAUGCGAUGCAUCCAAGGACCAAGAUGUACAGCUCGAAAAAUAUACUGCCAGCAAAAGCCUGUGCUCGAUAUUUCUGCUACGUUGCUUGCUUGCUAAAAAAUCCAUGUUUUAUAUCAAAAUGGUUUAACCAAUUUCUAAUUAACAGGAUUUAUAUAUUUUUAUUAAGAGGGUGAUGUUUUUACAAAAGGGUUUUAUCGAAUUAUUCUAAUUGGAUGUAACUUUUAAGGCUAAUUUAAGUGUUUUAGUAUAGAUCAUCCUUUCCGUUUCCAUUUUAUGUACAGUGUACAGUAUUUUAUGUUUCAAGUGUAAUUAUUCCACAAAAAUGACUUGUAUGAUUGUUUUAUCGCAAAACAUGUACAAUCUCUUGCAACAGACCGUUUGAUGUAUACUAUGUUUUAUUCCAGUAACUUUUAUAUACAAGCCUAAUGAUCUAAACACUUUUGGCACAUGUGAGUUGGUAUCUUCAUAAAACUGCAUUGUUGCCAUAUAAAAAUAUAUAUUAAUCUGCGAA